UGUUUCAAUAAUAAUUCAGGGUGCAAAAGUGAUUAAGAAUUUUUGGGGAACGUUGACCCAGUGAAGUGAAUGUUAGUGCUUUAACAUUAUUUAGCUUGGGUUCAGUGACUGUUUGCUAUCUGGGAAGUUUAAUGCACAGUGUUUACCCUGAACUCCUCCCAGAGUGAGGACUUAUAAUCUCCUCUGCAGCUGUGAGAGGAAACUCUCUGAAGAGAAGAACGAACGUUCUCCUCUUUCUGAAGACCCAACCAUUAGAGAACGUUUUCCUCUUUCUGAAGACUGGACAGUUAGAGAAGAGCCAACGUUCUCCUCUUUCUGAAGACUGGACAGCUAGAGAAGAGCGAAUGUUCACCUCUUUCUGAAGACUGGACCGUUAGAGAAGAGCGAAUGUUCUCCUCUUUCUGAAGACUGGACCGUUAGAGAAGAGCGAAUGUUCUCCUCUUUCUGAAGACCGGACCGUUAGAGAAGAGCGAAUGUUCUCCUCUUUCUGAAGACCGGACCGUUAGAGAAGAGCCAACGUUCUCCUCUUUCUGAAGACGGACCGUUAGAGAAGAGCCAACGUUCUCCUCUUUCUGAAGACUGGACCGUUAGAGAAGAGCCAACGUUCUCCUCUCUCUGAGAGCCAACGUUCUCCUUUUUCUGAAGACCGGACCGUUAGAGAAGAGCGAACGUUCUCCUCUUUCUGAAGACCGGACCGUUAGAGAAGAGCGAACGUUCUCCUCUUUCUGAAGACCAGACCGUUAGAGAAGAGCGAACGUUCUCCUCUUUCUGAAGACCGGACCGUUAGAGAAGAGUGAGCGUUCUUCUCUGGUUCUCUCUGAAGAUGAAGCUGUUUGUUUCAGUGCUGAUGCUCCUCACUCUGGGAGCCGUGGGAGAGGUGGUGGAGAACUUUAAAGGACAUGAUUGUGAAAAUUUCUUUCUGGAUGGUGAGCCACCAGAGUUUAAGACUAACGGAAUAGCCUCGCAGGUUCCGGUGGAGGGUCGCUAUGUGCGGAUCUGUCAGAGAUACAGAAAUAAGUAUCAUUAUGCGACUCUGUAUGACACCGCAGAAAAGAUUCCUGUGUAUUCUGCAUAUCGGUAUGAACGGAGAACUGAGUGUAAAGUGAAAAGACCUACUACACCAUGGAAGAUCGAACCUCAGCUCGAGGACAACAAUAACGGUAGGGAGAUGGCCUUGGAAAAGAACGUGAGAAAAAAUAACAGGCAGGCAUACGACUCUGAUUAUGAAAACUCAGGUUAUAACAGAGGUCAUCUGUUUCCUGUGUGCCAAACUAACUCUGAUGACUCUGCAGAGAGCACCUUCACCCUCACCAACGCUGCACCUCAGGGAUGUGCAUUCAACAAGAGGUGGUAUCACAAAGUGGAAAAUGACGUGAGAAAAUCCCUACAAAAUUGCGUGAAUGAGGGAAGAAAACCGUACAUAGUGACAGGAGUUGUGCCGAGUGAUGGAACGCCGAAGAUGGCCAACAGGGUGAAUGUUCCAGUCUAUUUCUGGACGGCCUAUCGCUGCUGUGGUACUAAUGAAUGUCAGUUCGGUGGCUACAUUAUGCAUAAAGAUACUGAUGUAACUAGACAUGUCACGGACAUGACUGAGUUUGAUCGUAAACUGAGCAAAUAUUACAAGACACCAAUCACAGUGUUUAAACGUGCAGGUUUAACCUGAAGAAAGCGAAAAUAUGACGAACGUGUUCAAGUUUAAUUCCAACAUGCUGUGACAGUUUGGGAUAUAAUGAGUUUGUUCCCUUAGAAUUAUGAGGUUCUGUCUGACAUUUCUGUCAAUUGCUAUGUGAGGUGUUUUUUUAAGGUGUGUUCAUUUUUGGACUCUUUAUCUAGAAAACAAAAAGGUUCUAUUCUAAAACAAAAUCUCACAAGGCCUUUAGACUGACCGGCUCCACUGACCUGCUGGGACAGUUCAUUACUGUAGCUGUUUCUGACUAAAGGAAACUUAAACUAAUGGUACAUAAAACUGACCUGAUAUUUUGCACUGACCUUUACACUUAAUCUGUCAAUCAAUGCUUUGGAUUUGUUCUAAAAUGAGAAAUAUGUAAUAAUAAAUAUAUAAAUAAUUAAAUAAAUGUCAUAAUAGUUCAUAGAAAGAAUUAAAUUUAACUGAUAAUGUAAACACUGUUAUACUAAUUUUAAACCAAAUUACGAGUAUGAACUGUUUGUGUUCUUUAAAAAUCACUGUUUCUUUUCAGGUUUUGUCAGAUAGAACCUUAUAACUCCAAGCAGAAAGUGAGUUCUGAGGAUUAGGAAGUUCUAUCUGCAUUUGAUCUGUUCCAAAAUGUCAUGUUCACUGAUAUUGUACAUUUAGAAUAAAGUUAGGGUGUCUUUCGUUUUCAUGUAUUAAAGAGACGCGUUCACAUAUCAGUUCUUUAAAGCUCAAUAUCUCAAAACUGCUCAGAACCCAGACAGAACCUUAUAAUUCGAAGGGGCAGAGAGUAACAGCUCCUUUUAUUUCUCUAAUACAGACGAUAUUAAUCAUAAUAUAGCAUUGCUAUUUGUGGUAUAUGUGAAGCUCCUAACAGCUUAAUAACAGUAAAACGCAGUGUAAUGUUACUCUGACUGUUUAACAUGUAUUUACUCUCUGUAUGAAAUAUAUCACUGAUCAUAAACACUAAAG